CUGCGCAAACCGGAGUUGCAAGAGGCGCCCCUGCGAGAGGCACGCAACCCAAAAGCUGCCCCUUGCACUCCGGCAUUGCCUGUUUAUUCCUGAUCGCUCCCAGCCAGUCCCAGCCUUCGCACAGCAGCUAGCCGCACCAUCCCGUGUUCUCCCAUCAGCGGGCACUGCCACCUGUGCUGUCGCAGUCUACAGGCCCUUCGGCGGGCCCAGCACAAGCAGCCAUGCUGCCGCGCCUGGCCAGCGCCUCGCUGGGAGCGCUGCUGCGCCCCGGCGGCGGCGGCCUGGCGCGCACGCUGGCGUCGGCGGCAGCGGCGGCAGAGGGUGGCGCGGGCCUCCAGUUUUGCGUGGUCGGCAGCGGCCCAGCCGGCUUCUACACCGCCGACAAGCUGCUGAAGCGAUUUGGGGAGGGCGCGCGCGUGGACAUUGUGGAGGCGCUGCCGACGCCCUUUGGCCUGGUGCGCUCUGGGGUGGCGCCUGACCAUGCAGACACCAAGAAUGUGAUCAACCAGUUCACCGCUCUGGCGGGCGACCCGCGCCUCACCUUCCUCGGCAACGUGCGGGUGGGGCGGGACCUGAGCCUGGCGGAGCUGCGCCGCCACUACAGCGCCGUCGUGCUAUGCUACGGGGCCGAGAGCGACCGGCGGCUGGGCGUGCCUGGGGAGGACCUGCCCGGCGUCUUCUCGGCCCGCGAGUUUGUGUGGUGGUACAACGGGCACCCCGAGUACCGCGACCUUCCCGUGGACCUGUCCCGUACCAGCAGCGUGGCCAUUGCCGGACUGGGAAAUGUGGCAGUCGACUGUGCCCGCAUCCUGCUAAAGCCGGCAGGUGACAUGGCCGCCACCGACAUUUGCAGCCACGCUGUGGAUCAGCUGAGGAGCAGCGCGGUGAAGGAGGUGCACCUGGUGGGGCGGCGCGGCCCGGUGCAGGCGGCCUUCACCCCAAAGGAGCUUCGGGAGCUUCUGGGCCUGCAGGGGGUGCAGGUUGUGAUGGACCCUGCCGCGUUCCAGCUGACGCCCGCCUGCGAGGCGGAGAUGGCGGCAGCGCGCAUGAAGAAGCGGGUGUUUGAGAUUCUGUCCAAGGCGCGGGCGCAGGAGCGGCAGGGGGAUAGGUCGCUUCACAUCCACUUCCUGCGCAGCCCUGCCGAGGUGGUGGAGGCGGAGGGGCGAGCCGCCGGCGUCAGGCUGGAGAGGACGCGCCUGGAGGCGGCGGCGGCGCCCGGCAGCGACCAAAAGGCGCUCGGCACGGGCGAGUACGAGACCAUCCCCGCAGACAUUGUGCUGAAAAGCAUCGGCUUCAAGUCGGUGGGCAUCCCAGGGGUGGCCUUUGACGGCCGCGCGGGCAUCGUGCCAAACAAGCUGGGCCAGGUGUGUGGCGAGGAUGGCGCCAGCGCGGACCCCGGGCUGUACGUGUGCGGCUGGCUGAAGCGGGGGCCGUCUGGCAUCAUCGGCACCAACCUGGUGGAUGCGGAGCAGACCGUGGAUGUGAUGGUGCAGACGCAGGGCAGCUUCCCGGCGGUGGCGGCGCAGCCGGCGGGCGCCGCGGGGCUGCGCCGCCUGCUGCAGCAACGCGGGGUGCAGGUGGUCAGCUUUGCAGACUGGCAGCGGGUGGAUGCGGAGGAGGUGAGGCGAGGCCAGGCGCUGGGCAAGCCGCGAGACAAGCUCACGAGCGUGGAAGAGAUGCUGCAGAUUGCGCGGGCAGCGUGAGGCAAGCGUGCCUGGGUUUUGUCGCUAGCACAGGCAGC